GCGUUGCAAUAUUUGCCAAACAAUACGGAUGCGGUUAAAGUGUACCCGUAUUUCUCGGUUAUACAUGACAUGGAUUUGAGUCAAUCCAUAUCAAAGAACCAAGAUAGAAAGAUCGCAGCAUUACGCGAUGCGGCGCACAGCGAGUUGUUGGUCACAAAACCGCGGCCAUUGUUGACCACUCAACCCGUGCCCAACGAGUCGUUUAUUAUUGAACAGGGUUCUCAGGGGCCAUCUAGCCAGGCCCCCGGACCCGACAAUAACCGACCAGGCUAUUACUAUUGGGAAAGCACCAAGGUGGGCUCAGGGCUCUCAAAAAGAACGGCCAAAACUCUGGCCAACAAAAUGGCCCAAAAAGCCACCAAAAAGGCAGCUAAAAAAGCGGCCAAAAUGUUGAAUAACCCGAUCAUAAGACCGCUCCCGGACUCACGUGUUGGCGCUGGUAAUAGUUGCUCCCAAAGUGUGUGCACUAAUAGUGAUAAUAAUAGCGCUUCAGUGCCGACACCGGAACCCCAAUCACCGACCCAUCCAUCGCCUCCAAAAGUGCCACAAAAAAUACACUUAAAUUUGAUCAAAGAGAGUGCCGCCAAGUGUUGUCUCAAAGUAGUGGCCGACAGGGAUGACAGCGCCCUAUCGCGCGCCCAAACCUCGUCCAUAGGCGUGAUCGGCGAUAGAGAGCGCUUAAACACAGAGUCCGGUACAACCAUUGCCGACACUCCCUGUCCAACGACAACAGUGAUUAGCGCCGAGACUAGCGGCCACACCCGUCCGAAAAGCACUCAACACAAUGUCCAACAAAUCGGGGCCACCAAAAAGUCAAAGAACCCGGAGCUACUGUUACUCUACCAUAUUUGCUACCAGAUUACCGACAUAGAUGUGCGCACAUUCACUCAACUGUGCCGUUGUGUACGGGAAACGGCCCAAACGUUAGGUCCGUAUGUCGACAAUUCCGGUCGGUUUUGGUCACACGUUAACCGAUUGAUGUCUAAAUCCGGUUAUCCCAGGAAAGCGGUGUAUAAUAUUAUGUUUACUGAACAUGUGUGUUCUUACUAUAAAAUUGCGUUGAAGUAUUUGCCAAACUAUACGGCAGCGGUUAAAGUGUACCCGUAUUUCUCGGUUAUACAUGACAUGGAUUUGAGUCAAUCGUUAUCACACAAAGCAUACGAUAAAAUCCAAGCAUUACGCGAUGCGAUGGACACAGAGUUUGGCCCAAAGCCGGCGCCCCUUUUCAUGGAAUCGGUUGGCAAUGAGGCGAUCAAUAUUGCACCGGGAACGUCUAACGAGGGCCAGCCACCUGGCAACAAUAUGGCCUACAAUAACCACGGUGAAAACAUUUUGGGAACAUUUAGGGCUUCCAAACAGAUCACCAAAUGGAUCAAUACUGUGACCGAAAGGGAGGCUAAAAAGGCGGUUAAAAAAGCAGCUAAAAAUGUGGCUAAAAUAGAGGCUACAAAUGCGGACACAUCCCAGCCAUUAGCGCCGGGCACUCACCGAUUGGCGCCCAUCAACUAUCUGGGCGUUGAACUAAAUCCGACAGGUUUUGCCACAACUGCCAGUUCCCCACACCUGUCAUACAGUACCAAAACAGCGUCUGUGCGUAGAGUAUGGGUGACCGUAAUGCUAGUGCCGGUCGCCGACUACUGGGCGAUCGUGCGGUUAAUCAAGAUAUUGAAGGCUAAUGCCGGCGCUAUCGGUGCCGAAGUUGUGGACAAACUGAUGGCCAAAAGUGGUUUCGAUGGCUGGCAUUACGACAAGUGUUUGAAUUACUUUCACAACGCAAUAGAUUUGUAUAAAAAGACUUUGGCCAACUGUCCAAACCGGGAGACGGCGGCCACCGUUUACCCCCUGUUCAACACAAUGCACUCAUUUGUGCCCUCAGUUCUCUUGAAUGCCAAAGAGUUGGUGAAACUCAACGAAUUGAAGCGAUUGUUUGCCGAGAAAUGCGGCGAUCGUCUCAACACAACCAACACCACAACUACCGGUGCCGACAAUCACUGUCCAACCAAUAGCACCGCUCCGGACAUUAUAGGGAUAGUCGCCCGGACUAGCGGUCAAACUAAUGUAAACAACACUCAACACAGUGUCCAACCAAUCGCGGCCAACAAAGAGUUGGUCAAUUGGGAGCUGCAUUCACUGCGCAAGAAAUGCGCUCAAAUAACCGAGAUCAGUUUGCGUACGUUUACCCAACUGUGCCGCUGUGUGGGCGAAACGGCCACCACUUUAGGCCCGUUUGUCGAGAACAGCGCCCAAUUUUGGCCACACGUUAUCCAAUUGGUGGCUCAGUCCGGUUACCCCGGGUCUAAGAAAGUGAAAUAUCGGCAGAUGUUCACUGACCACGUGUGCUGUGUUUAUGCAAUUGCGUUGAAAUUAUUGGUCGAUUUGAAUGGAUGUGAAAACUAUAGCAUUCGUAUCGAUCGUACGGAUAGUGCGGUUGUGUUGCCCUUCAAUCAGGUCUACAAUGAGAUCCGCAAACAAAUCAAACACAACAUCACAUCCAAUACACAUGUCUUUGAGAUAUUUGACACGGAUUUCAACGUAUAUUGUGUUAUACCGAGUGAUGAAUACUUGAUUGAAGAUCUCUCGCGACUACGGGUGCGGCCGAAGACAGUGAACAACGAGUCCAUAGGUUUAGGCAUUAAUCGGGACUCAAAUGUUGGCCACAAAUACAGCCAUAAAAUACAGUACGAGAGAAAAGAACUCAAAUUAAGUGAAAACAAUAUCAAUAAAAGUGAGGACAGAGAGGACUCGACUGCCGGCGACAGUAGUGCUCAAAGUGUGUGCACUACUAGUGAUAGUAAUAGGGAUUCACUGCCGGCACCGGAACCCCAAUCACUUACACCUCCAUCGCCGCCAAAAUUACCACAAAAAAUGUCCGAAAAUGUUAUCAAAGAGUUUAACGCCGAGAAUGGCAUCAAAGUUGUGACGGAGGACAACAUCGCCAGUCAGUCCAUCGCAUCCGUAGUCAUCUCUAGCCAUUCCAUAGCACAGGACUCCCAUAAAAGCCGGUUUUCAUUCACUAACAUUGUCACAAACGCCGGCCAUUAUGUGAAACAAACACUAGGGUUGUCCACCCGUACCGGCACUGGUGUUAGUGAUGGUGUGGCCAAUGAGGGGUUAAAGUGUUCUGUCAAACAAUCACUGUCUCAAAGUAAUCAUCCCAUACCUAUACUAUUGCCAGUGUCUACACCUAUACCCUCGCCAUUAGCGCCGGGCUCUCACCCCUCGGCGCCCAUCAACUAUCUGAACAUUGAACUAAAUCCAUACGAUUUUGCCACGACCUCCAGUUCCCCACACAUGGCAUACAUCACAUAUACAGCAUGUGUGGGCACAGUAUGGUUGACGGGUAUGUCGUUUCUGUUGGCAGAUAACCGGGCGGUCAUACGGUUAAUGCAUAUAUUGAAGUCAAGUACCGGUCAAAACGAUGCGGACAUUUGGGUUAACCAAAUGUCCAGAAAUGGUUUCAAUGACUGGAAUUACACAAAGUGUUUGAAUUACUUUUAUAAUGCAUUGAAAUUAUAUAAAAAGACUUUGGCCAACUGUCCGAACCGGGAGACGGCGUCCACCGUUUAUCCAUUGUUUAGGACAAUGCACUCAUUUGUACCCUAUUUUCUCAUGACUGCCAAAGACUUAUCAAAACUCAACGAAUUGAAGCGAUUGUUUGACAACAAAUGUGAAAAAUAUCUCACUAAAACUGAUCCAAUAGUCAGCGCAACUCCAGUAGCCGGCAAUGGUAUAGACAGCUGGUCGGCCCGUAAUCAACAAUCAGUCAUAUAUAGUACCUGUGAGUGUGUGGACAGUAUCACCGAUAAUGAGUAUAGGGAGGGCUCGACAGCCGGUGACAACACUUCCCAAAGUGUGUGCACUAAUAGUGAGAGUAAUAGCGAUUUACUGCCGGCACCGGAAUCCCAAUUACUGACACUUCCAUCGGCGCCAAAAUUGUCACAAAAAGUAAUUCAAAAUCUGGUGAAAAAGUUUUACGCUGACAAUGAGAUCAAAGUCACGGACAUUAAGACAAACACCGGCCGUUGUGUCAAACAAACGGCACAAGUGUUAACAGCCGGCACCGCCGACGGUGUUACUAAUGAGUUGCAAAAUGCGGUUUCCAAUAAGUUAACGCACCCGAAGCUAUUUGCUCUAUACCAGGUGUGCGCCGGGAUUACCGACGCAGAUGUGACCACAUUUACCCAACUGUGCCGUUGUGUGGGCGAAACGGUCGACACGUUGGGCUCGUUUGUCGACAAUCGCAAGCAGUUUUGGCCACACGUUAACCGAUUGAUGGUUGAGUGCGGUUACCCUUUGCCUAAACUAAAUACAUAUCGUAAAAUAUUCACUGCCCACGUGUGCACUCAUUAUAAAAUUGCGUUACAAUAUUUGCCAAACAAUACGGAAGCGGUUAAAGUGUGCCCGUAUUUUUCGGUUAUACAUGACAUGGAUUUGAGUCAAUCCAUAUCAAAGAGACAAUACGGAAAGAUCACAGCAUUACGCGAUGCGGUGGACAGAGAAUUGUUGGCCACAAAACCCGUGCCCAAUGAAUCGAUUAUUAUUGAACAGGGUGCUCAGGUACCGUCUUACCAGGCCCCCGGACCCGACAACAAUCGGCCCGGCUAUUACUAUUGGGAAAGCACCAAGGUGACGUCAGGGGUCUCAAAAAGGACGGCUAAAACAUCGGCCAACAAAAUGGCCCGAAAGUCGGCCAAAAAGGCAACUAAAAAAGCGGCCAAAAAUGCGGCCAAACUGUUGAAUAACCCGAUCCUAAGACCGCCCCCUGACUCACGUGUUGGCACGAAGGGUGCGAUCUGUGAUGAUAGUUGUUCCCAAAGUGUGGGCACUUUUGGUGAAAGUAAUUUCGAUUUAAUGCCGCCACCGGAACCCCAAUCACCGACCCGUUCAUCGCCACCAAAUUUGCCACAAAAAAUAUCCCAAAAUAUUGUCAAAGAAGUUACCGCCGAGUGUUAUAUCAAUUCAGAGGACAGGGAUGAUAGCGUCAUAUCAUGCGCUCAAACCUCAACCAUCGACCUAAUCGGCAACAAAGAGCGCCUAAACACUCCCUGUUCAACGACAACAGCCAAUAGCGCAGAGAUUAGUGGUCAGAUUCGUCCGAAUAGCACUCAGCACACAAUCCAACCAAUGUCGGCCACCAAAGAGUUCACGGAUCCGGAGCUUCAGUCACUCUACCAUAUGUCCGGCCAAAUCACCGAGUUAGGUUUGCGCACGUUUACCCAACUGUGUCAAUCAGUACGGGAAACCGUCAACACUUUGGGUCCUUAUAUCGAUAAUUGCGAUCAGUUUUGGCCACACGUUAACCGAUCGAUGACUGAGUCCGGUUACUUAACUGACGGGCCAAGUGGUAUAACCUGGCGGUUGAUGUUUAUUGACCACGUGUGCUGUUAUUAUGGAAUUAUCAGGCGGUUCCGGGGACGGGCCAACGAGCCAGGGCGGUCCUCCACCACAGACCAAAUCAGUGACCGUUGCGAACAGACCUUGGUCACUUCACACGCAGAUGCAAGGGCUGCCAGUAAUACUAAAAUAGUGACCAAAAAAGUGACUAAAAAACGGGCUAAAAAAUUAAACGUUCCUGUGCUAAAUGAGUUGACCCCAAGUGACCAGACCGGGGUUGAGACCGGGCCUGAUAUAUACCGCUGGGAAGGGCCGGCCGAUUGCGACCAAUCAGUGGCCAAAUCUAACGAAAAUUACGUAAUGAAUUGGCACCGGCCAGAGGUUAAUAAGAUGCGCGAGUUGAGGGAACGGGAGCUGCCCGCCCUGUACCGGGUGUCGGCCAAUAUCACCCAGCGCGAUUUGCGCGUAUUCACCCAACUGUGCCGCGCGAUUACUGCGACAAUUACUACAUUGGGUUUGGAUGCCAACAACGAUUGCGAGCACUUUUGGUCGGGUGUCAGCCGAUUGAUGGAUGAGUUCGGUUACCCGAUGCCCGACGGGCACAGGUGUCGGACCAAUUUCACUGAACACGUUUGCAAUUACUAUAUACUUAUAUUUGAUAUAGACUUUAAUGAAUACUGUAUUAUAUCGAGUGAUAAUCAUGUGAUUGAAAACCUGUCGCGACUACGGGUGCGGCCGAAGACAGUGAACAACGAGUCCAUAGGUUUAGGCAUUAAUCGGGACUCAAAUGUUGGCCACAAAUACAGCCAUAAAUUACAAUAUGAGAAAAAUGAGCUCAACUUAAGUGAAAACAACAUUAAUAAAUGUGAGGACAGUAUCAAUGAUUACGAGGACAGGGAGGAGACGGAGGGCUCGACUGCCGGUGACAACACAUCCCAAAGUGUGUGCACUAACAGUGAGAGUAACAGCGAUUCACUGCCGGCACCGGAACCCCAAUCACCGACACCUCCAUUGCCACCAAAAUUGCCACAAAAAAUGCCCGAAAAUAUUAUCAAAGAGUUUAACGCCGAGAAUGACAUUAAAGUCGCGGACAGGGAUGACAGCGCUCUACCUUCACCUCAAACCCCUGCCAUAGACCUGACCGCACAUACAGUG